GGAGGAAGGGAAAAAAGAAAAGGGGGCGGGGAGCAGGUGAGCGGAGCCUCAGCUCUUCAACUUAAACCCGCAUCUCACCUAAUUGAUGACUCUAAUCGCUACCAUUAAAUAACUAAUAAUAACUACUUGGGCAAUGAAAGCAGUAACGAUUGCUUAUGCAAGCUUAGAAAGUUAAAAGAAUCAAACUUCAAAAAAUGUACUUGUUCUCUCUGAUUAUCAUAACGAGUGUUUGAUGGGGGUUGAGUUUUCAAAAUAAAUGCUGUUCCUUGGGUCACUAGGCGUCGUUAACCCUCCAUUCUACACCUGUUCUUGGUCAGCUUCCGAAAAUUGUAGCCGUCUUUUGUGCAUUCGGCUUUCUUAUUUUAUUCUCUAGCUUUCUCUCGCUGUGAUCAUUUCCGGCUUCUGUUUGAUUACAAGAUUAGAGUGUAAUUCACUGGUAGAACCAAAAUGUUCGAAUACUGCCAGCCACUUGAUGCAAGCCCCCGUUUCGAGGAUUCCCUCAAGGCACUUGAAUCUGAUAUUCAACACGCCAAUAUGCUGGCUGCUUCUAUUCCCAGGGGCAAGGGCAGGGCUUGUCUUCAAAUGAAGUUAGUUUUCAAUCAGCUGGCACCAAUCUUCCUGUAUGUACUUCGAUGGAUAGAUUGCUCCUGUUCUUGUCUACUUUCAAGCUAUUUGAAUCUUUUCCACAUAGUUGUGUUUAAGGUGCAUUCAAAUGGGAAGCCAAAUUUCUCUUCUUAUGGAAGGAAAGCAAGCAUAAGGGAAUUCUACGGUGUUAUAUUGCCUUCUCUUCAGCGCCUUCAUGGUGAUUUAAUAAAUGCUGAUAUUAAUCAAGAAAAGGGUCAAAAUUUACAGAUGGUUGUUAAUCGGAGUAUUGAAGAUGAGGGGAAUAUUUGUGAUGUGGACAUGGAAAGAGAAAACGAAUGUGGCAUCUGCUUAGAGCAUUGUACCAAAGUAGUUUUGCCAAACUGCUGCCAUUCCAUGUGUAUAGAUUGUUAUCACGACUGGAACAAGAUCAGAAUCUUGUCCAUUUUGCCGGGGAAGCUUGACAAGAGUUAAGUCAGGUGAUUUGUGGGUUCUAACAUGUGCUAAGGACAUGAUUGAUGUGGAAACUGUCAUUAGAGAAGAUAUGCUUCGUCUCUCUCUCUUCAUAAACAACCUGCCUAAGGAUAUCCCAGAUACUCUCUUCUUAAUGUAUAAUGAGUACUUGUUUUAAUUGAAGAAUAAGCACAGGUAGAACUAACUGCCUGCGAUGUACAGAAUAUUUUUUCUGUUUUCCUUGAUCUCUUCUUUGUAACUACACAAUGAUUGCACUUCAGAAAGCAAAAUUGUUGAUAUCA